UUUCCUAUCAUGUUCUCUCUAUUUUCAAAGCCUUAGAUACAAUGAUAAAAUUUGUAACAAGCAAAUUCAUGACCAUAUCAAUAAUUAUUCUUCUUCAACAAAACUUAGUAUGUUCAAAAUGUAGCUGUGAAAAUCAAGUAGAAGAUUCUUAUCAUAAAGUAUCUGAGGCAUUGAAAUACAAAUUAAUUGCUAUGGCAACAGUUUUAGUUUCAAGUCUAAUUGGUGUAUGCAUUCCAAUCUUUGCAAAAAAUUGGUCAUAUUUAAAUCCAGAAAACGAUUUUUAUUUCUUGAUUAAAGCAUUUGCUGCUGGGGUGAUCCUUGCGACCGGUUUUAUACACAUACUUCCUGAUGCGUUUGAGGCUUUAACGAGUCCUUGUAUAGGCGAAAAACCGUGGAAAAUGUUUCCUUUCUCGGGUUUUGUAACAAUGCUAGCAGCUAUUGGGACAUUGAUUAUGGAAGCUUUGAUCAUGGGGUACCAAAAAAGGUCUGAAAUGGAAAAAUCUCAACCAUUGGAUGAGGAAGACGAGGCUCAUGAAGCGAAUGGUAGUCAUGUUCAUAGCUCAUCACUUGCAUCGGAUAAAUUAGAUUCAACAAAUCGCCUUCGGUAUACCAUAGUUUCUCAGAUUUUGGAGCUAGGUAUUCUGAUGCAUUCCAUCAUUUUAGGGAUAUCUCUUGGGGUGUCUAGAAGUCCUAAAACAAUCAAACCUUUGGUGGCAGUAUUAAGUUUUCAUCAAUGCUUUGAAGGAAUAGGACUUGGUGGCUGCAUUUCUCAGGCACAAUUCAAAUACUACAAAGUUGCAAUUAUGAUAAUAUUCUUUUGCCUCAUUUUUCCAAUUGGAAUUUGCAUUGGAAUGGGAAUAUCAAAAUUCUACAAUGAAAGUAGUCCAAAGUCACUAAUUGUUGAAGGGUUUCUACUCUCAGCAUCUGCAGGGGUUCUCAUUAACAUGGCACUUGUUGAUCUUGUUGCCACUGACUUCAUGAACUCAAAAAUGCUAAGGAAUUUUAGGCUACAAAUUGGAGCAAGUUUAGCACUUUUUGUGGGGAUGAUUUGUAUGUCAUUUUUGGCAUUGGGUGAAGAAGAUUUCUAGCCAAGACUAGUUGUAAAGAUUUAAUAUUUUGAUAGAAUAGUUGUAUCAUUUCUAAAUAGGAGGGUUUCAGAGGGUAUUCGAGAGGAGCGACGAGGGCACCACAAUUUUAGGGGUACCAAUUUUUUUCCUCACUACAUAUUAAUAAAACAAACUCUUAAAAGGAAUAUGUGGGCAACAAGGUGGUAGACCUUGUACAUUUCCAACAAGAGCACCUGCAAUAGCAGCAAUUAACAGCACAAACUUAAAAAAACAUCUUCAAAGGAGUUUCCAUCGUAUCAAAAUUUAGUUUGUAAAGAAAAUA